CUCAAAUUGACUCAGACAAAAACUGGACACCAUAGAAAGUGGAUGUAAGGAAGUGAGUUCUAAUUUAUUCUAUUCAGUCACAAUCCCGUCGUACCUUCUGUACCAGUGUGUAUAAAGGUUGACAUCGCUAGUGAAGCCGCAGUAUAAAAAUUAAAGUCUAGCUUAUUAUCAAAUCAUAAACAGUGAAAAGAAAUGAUGAAGUCGAUAUUCUUCGGAGUCGUAGCCAUCGCAGUGGCAUUUUUAUCCUUCUACCAGGACACGGCACAAGCCCAGGAACAGACAGGUGCGUCAUCUCCCGCUGACUACAAAUGGAACGGCAUUGAUGACCAGUGCCUUCGGGCGUUGCACGGUCAAAUCAACAAGGAAUUCGAUGCCUCCAUCGUCUACAUGAAAUUUGCCGCCUACUUCGCUCAGGAAAGAAUAAACCUUCCAGGUUUUGAGAAAUUCUUUUUCAAAGCCGCCGGCGAAGAACGUGAACAUGGAAUCAAACUGAUCGAGUACGCACUGAUGCGUGGUCAAGGACCUAUCGACAAGUCCAGCUUCAAACUUGAUUACAGCUUCCAAGUCCCUCCCGGAACUGAUGGAGAAUCAUCUCUGCGUGCUGCUCUGAAGAAGGAAGAAGAAGUGACACACAGUAUUCGACAAGUUAUCAAGGCGUGCGAAGAAGGCUCCAACGAUUUCCACUUGGCUGACUACCUGACCGGUGAAUAUCUGGAUGAACAACACAAGGGACAGCGCGAACUGGCCGAGAAAAUCUCCACACUCAGCAAGAUGAAGAAGAGUGCACCCAAACUGGGAGAGUUCCUGUUCGACAAACAGCACAUGUAAAUGCAAAUUGCUGCAUGUUAAUGACAGUGAACUUCGUUUCCAGUUCGAGUUUCAAUCCAAUUUGUGUUACUUGUAGUUCUAGAAUUUGAACCGUGAUUUACUGAAAUAAAAUUACUCGUACAACGGAAAUCAUUCUAUUUCGUUCUGUUUGUACUAGAGUUAUCCGCAAAAUACUGAUGUGCUAAUGCAUUUGGAUGCUAGUAUAGAUUUAAGAACCGCAUGAUGUGUGCUCAAAAUACUGUUAGAUGCAUCCAUAGACUAAUAGUAAGUUGCUGUAAUUUUGAGUAUGAGAUAUGAGAAUAAAAUUUGAGUUGCAUACGGUUUUAUAUUUGAA